AACUCGGCCCAGACCUCGACGUGGAGGCAUUUAUUUUCUUAUUAAUGGUGGGUGUCAUGGCCGAAAUAAAGAAAAUAAUGAAGUUUUCCAUAUUAUUUACCGUGUUAUUUUUAGAGGCUUGCUCUGCAUUGUAUUUUCACAUGGGAGAAACCGAAAAGAAAUGUUUUCUAGAGGAAAUUCCAGAUGAAACUAUGGUUACUGGUAAAUACAAGACUCAACUGUUUGAUGAGACAACACAUGAUUUCAUGCCAGCAAGCCCAGGCAUAGGAAUGCAUGUAGAAGUUACAGACCCUGAUAAAAAAAUUUUGUUAUCUAAGUAUUAUGCUUCAGAAGGACGAUUUACUUUCACAUCACACACUCCUGGAGAACAUACAAUUUGUCUUCAUUCCAACUCAACAAAAUGGAGUUUAUUUGCUGGGGGAAAGCUGAGGGUUCAUCUGCAACUUCUUGUUGGUGAACAUGCAAAUGACUAUCCCCAAAUUGCUGCCAAAGAUAAACUCACUGAAUUGCAGCUGAGAAUGAGACAGUUGUUGGACCAAGUCGACCAGAUUACAAAAGAACAGUCAUAUCAAAGGUACCGAGAGGAGAGGUUCCGAUACACAAGUGAAAGCACAAAUCAAAGAGUCCUGUGGUGGGCCAUUGUUCAGACUGUUGUUCUUCUUGUUACUGGUUUCUGGCAAAUGAGGCAUCUGAAGGGAUUCUUUGAGGCUAAGAAGCUCGUUUAAGUAUGAAUAUUUUUGGGAAUCUUGCUUACAUCGUCAUUGUUCAUAACAUUAUAAACAUAAUGUAAUGAAUACCCCUAGUGUUUUAUUUUUUUGGACAAUUUAAUACAGACAUGCCUUGCAAAAAUGUGCUUAGGGUAUUGGCUUUCAAAGAUUCGAAAACAAAGUAUGUGCUGUUAGAAAUAGUCAAAAUUGAAAUUGAACAGAAAGAAAGGGAUGGUCAAAAUUAAACAGAGCAACUUAGCAUCAAAUAAAGCCUUUCACUGUGAUGUAUCCACUCAUUGAAAUAGCAUUGUUAUGUAUUGUAGAAAUUCAUGUGAAAGAUUCUUUCAGAUGUAGAAUUUUUAUUGACUUUCUUUUGUGAUCAAAUUUUUGUGUAAAUUAUUGGUUAUUGUUUCAAAAAUUAACCAUCUCUAGUUAUACAAUAUCCAUUUCCUCAUGUAUGGUCAUUAUUUUGAGAUCAAAGAGAUUGCCUGUUUAUCUAAAA